AUGAAUAAAGAAGAUUUAUCAAAUAUUUUGGAAAAUGAAAAUCUUAUGACUUCUGUGCUUGAUGGGUUAAAAGAUAUUUUAAGUAAUAAAUUAGGUAAUGAGGAAAGAGAUAAAGCAUUAUCUUUGGUAAUGCUUUUACUUGAUCGUUUUGGUGGCAGAUGGCUAUUCUCACCAAAUAUCGAUGAAGACUUUUCACAUAAAAAGCUAUCAAAAUAUCCAAAAGAAAAGGUCAAUGAAGAUUUUAAAUUUGCUGCACUGGUGAUACAAUUGGCAUUAUGUUACACUAUUUUAGAAAAAUCAAUAGAAUACUUUUCACAAUUUGAAAAUUAUUUGAAUUCUCAAGAUGACAAUGUUGAAGUUGCUAUAAAAUUUGAUCCAGAAAUAUUAUUAAAAAUCAAAGGGAUUUUAACUGAAACAUUUAGAGCAAUAAUUGAUAAUUUACUUGAAUUCAAAGAAUAUACAAAAAAUGAUGUUAAAGCAGCAAUUAAUGAUUUUAAAAUUUUAGCAAGUAUACGGGUCCUUUCAUCAUGGUUAGCUGAAGAAAAUGAAUUUCAAAAAGAAGUUUCACUUCUUAUGCCAUUCUUAAUCAAUAUUUGUUCUUAUAGUGAAAAGGAAAACUUGGAAUUAAAUCUUGUUAAAAUUAUGAUGCCAGCUUAUUUGAAUCUCACAUCUCAGGAAGAACCUCAAGAUGCUUUUCUUUCUCAUGAUUUUGUUAAUGAUGUUCUUGGUCCAAUACAAGUUUUAUUAAAUAUAAUUGUGUCAGAAAGAGAAAAAUUUGUUAUUAGAAAUGAGAAAGAAAUAUCAAAAGUCAUGAAAAUAUGCUUUCAAAUCUUAAAUCUUCUUGACAAAUCCAUAAAUUCAUCAUCAUUAUCUUCAUAUUCUUCUUCUUCAUUAUGCAACAACAAUCAAAUAAUCCUUUUUUCAAAUAUCUUAUUAUUUUGUUUAUUGAUUAUAAGAAACACACCUCCAUCAUCAGAUCAAUUAAUUGAAAAUAUUAAUUUAAUAGAAAAUCUAAAAAACAUUGCAAAUAAUUUUUAUGGAAAUAUACAAAAUAAUAAUAGUUUGAUAAAUGAUUUACAAAUUGAAGAAUUAAUAUAUUUGGGAAAACAGAAUUUAGAAAAUUUUUAA